AUGGUAAGGAGCCACUCGAGAAAGUCCAGCCUGAAAAGCGUGGACUUGGCAUCGCUGGAAACGACAAACCCGUUUAUCAAGCUGGUUAAGGACCAGGAGAUUGUGGAGGUUCCGGAACUUGAACUGGAGUCCGGUCUGACGCUGCACAACUUUCCGAUCGCAUAUAAGACUUGGGGAGAACUUAACGAGCGGGGCGACAACGUGCUGGUCGUAUGCCAUGCUCUGACAGGCUCGUCCGACGUUGCCGACUGGUGGGGCCCGUUAUUGGGUCCAGACGUGGCAUUUGACACUUCGAGGUUUCUCGUGGUGUGUCUGAACUCGAUGGGAUCUCCAUACGGGUCAUUCUCGCCACUGAACGUCAACCCGGAUUCGGGUGAAGUUUAUGGGCCGGAGUUCCCGCUAUGCACGGUACGCGAUGACGUUAGGGCCCACAAAAUAGUACUUGACUCGCUGGGAAUCAGUUCCGUUGCUUGUGUCAUUGGAGGGUCCAUGGGCGGAAUGCUGGCAUUGGAAUGGGCCGCUACUUUUGGAUCAAAGUACGUAAAGAAUAUGGUAGCCUUGGCCACCAGCGCAAGACACUCUGCCUGGUGCAUCUCAUGGUCAGAGGCACAAAGACAAUCCAUCUACUCCGACCCCAACUACCUGGACGGCUAUUACUCUCUGGAUAAUCAACCCGUUGUGGGUCUUUCUGCCGCCCGGAUGUCUGCGCUUUUAACCUACCGGUCCAGAAACAGUUUUGAAAACAAGUUUUCCAGACGCUCGCCAUCUGUAGCCCAAGAACAGAAAUCCAAACGAAAACAGAAUAAAAACAAACCCUCUAAUUUACAAGAACACAAUUUGGCCAUACAUAAUGAUGGCCAUCGCCAGUCGAUAACUCAUGAUCGCAAAGAUAGUGUGUCCAGUGAUACCUCCUCCACGACAUCUCUAAAGUCGGUUUCUUCUUCCACAUCGACAUCGUCGGUGACCUCGAAAACCGGUAAGGCUAUCAAGCCUGCCCAAACUUAUUUCUCUGCACAAAGUUAUCUUCGGUAUCAGGGCAAUAAGUUCAUCGAAAGAUUUGACGCAAACUGUUAUAUUUCCAUCACAAGAAAGUUAGAUACCCACGAUCUCGCUAGAGACCGCGACGAAUAUGACGAAGAUCUUGAUGAGGUGCUUGAAUCUAUUCAGCAACCUUCUCUCAUUAUUGGCAUCAAAUCCGAUGGCCUUUUUACGUACUCCGAACAGGAAUACCUUGCCUCCAAGAUCCCAAACUCAGAACUCAAAAAGAUCGACUCUUUGGAAGGUCACGAUGCCUUCCUUCUUGAAUUUAAGCUCAUCAAUGAGUAUAUCAUCGAGUUUUUAAAGAAAAAUGCUAAGGAGAUAACCAGUUCUCCUCCGCGUCUUUGGCAAAACGAAUGGGAUGGCGAAAUUGUAAAAAAUUCUUUGUUUGGAGAAGCGGAAGAAGUUACCAACUGGUAG